AAACGACAUCAAAAGUGGGAGGAUUCAGAGCAGGCAGAAGUGAAGAAGGCCCUGUCGAGAAAGACUAGGGACCAUCUUUGGAACCCUGAGUCCAGGAGAGACGGGAAGGGAGAGCCCAUGCCGAGAGGGCGAUAACGUCCACCAGCCGGGCCCGACGGGACAACCCCGUCCCAGGACACGGAGAAUCGGCAGAUGCUCCACGCCGGAGAAAAGGCCUGUGCGCAUCUCCCGAGUGGGGAAACCUGCUCUCAGCGAACUCUUUGUCACCGGCCAGGCCCCGAGCUGGAAAAAGCUUCUAAGUGUCAGGAAUGUGGGAAAAGCUUUAGCCCAGGUUCUUACCUUGUUCGGCACCAGAGAGCCCACACAGGAGAAAAGCCUCACAAGUGCGGCGAGUGUGGGAAAGGCUUCAGGGAGCGCUCCAACCUCACUGCGCAGCUAAGGACACGCAGGGGGGCGGGGCCCUGCCGCUGCGGGCAGUGUGGGAAAAGCUUCAGCCAGAGCUGCAGCCUCAGCGUCCCCCAGAGGACCCACACCGGGGAGGAGCCUUACCGGUGCCCCGUCUGUGGGCAGAGACUCAACAGCAGCUCCCAGUUCAGCGCUCCCCAGCGAGCCCACACCGGGCAGAGCCCCUGCCCGCGAGCGCAGCGUGGGAAAGGCUUCGACCACGGCUCCCACUUCAGUGCCCACCAGAAAACGCACCCUGGGGGGAAGUCUUACGACUGCUCUUCCUGA